GCCCUUUUUUUUUUUGUUCGUGUUCCUCGUAAAACUAAAAGGUUCCCAGAAAGAAAACGAUCGAAAAAGAGAUCCAAGAAUUAUUCCUCAAAUCUUUUGAUCUCUUUUCUGUUUUUGGAAUCUGUCCUUUUCGAUUUCCAGAAAUGCCUCGAGGGACAAUUGAAGUUCUUCUUGUUAGUGCUAAGGGACUUGAAAACACCGACUUUCUCAAUGACAUGGAUCCUUAUGUCAUUCUCAUUUGCCGCAGUCAGGAGCAAAAAAGCAGUGUUGCAUCAGGAAAAGGGACACAGCCAGAGUGGAACGAGAGUUUUGUCUUUACCAUUUCGGAUGGUGCUUCAGAACUCACACUGAAAAUAAUGGACAGUGAUACUGGUUCUGCAGACGAUAUUGUAGGAGAAGCAACCGUUCCACUAGAGCCGUUGUUUUUGGAAGGAAGCCUCCCUCCAACAGCAUACAAUGUAGUUAAGGACCAAGAGUUUCGUGGAGAGAUUAGGGUGGGCCUCACUUUCACUCCUGAGGAACGUCAUGACCGGGAGUUCCGUGUGGAAGAGGAAACCUACGGUGGAUGGAAACAAUCUGCAUAUACAGACUGAUCAAGUCUUAUUUAGCAGCUUUAUGAUCUGGGGAUUGAAAUAAAUAGAUGCUGUUCAAUUGAUUUCAGUUUUCCCUUUCCCUUAUUAAUGUGUUGUAAUUCAAGAACGUUUUCUAUCAUGGUGGGAUUGAGUAAGUUAUUUGAUUUGAACUAUGUGAUUAACCAUUA